GCGGAUAAAAGACCCCCGGACAGGGCCUUGUGACGUUAUGUUCUUGGCCGUUUUCAGACUGUUUGGCCAAUCGCGCCCUCCUUUUUCUACUGGGCGAACUUCAGGGGCUCUUGUUUAGAGCGUUUCCUUUUGUGCCACUGCGGGGUCGAUGGCAGUUGCCGACGAAAAACUCUGAUUGACUCAUUCAGGUUUGAGAGGGGCGGACCGCACCGACUAUUUCAGCGACAUCGGGGAGUUGUUUGACAUUUUUACUUUUGAUCUCUAUACAUCUUUUACUGCCCUUUCGACCCAUUGCGCCUGCAGCAAACCCAACAGACAGACAACAGACACAAUGUGCGAGACCAGCAACACCAACGGCGCCGCCAAUGGCACAAACGGUGCUUCCAAUGGGACAGCUAACAUCGGUGGUGAUCAUCAGGGUGCCAACUUCCGCUCCAACCCCUACCAGCCAGUAGGCGAUUUCCUCUCCAACGUAGGCCGCUUCAAGAUCAUCGAGUCGACUCUCCGCGAGGGUGAACAAUUCGCCAAUGCCUACUUCGACCAAGAGACCAAGAUCAAGAUUGCCAAGGCUCUCGAUGAAUUUGGUGUUGACUACAUCGAGUUGACCUCCCCCGCUGCUUCCAAGCAAUCUAAAAAGGAUUGCGAGGCCAUCUGCAAGCUCGGCCUCAAGGCCAAGAUUCUUACCCACGUUCGCUGCAACAUGGAGGAUGCUAAACUCGCAAUUGAGACCGGUGUUCACGGCCUGGACGUCGUCAUUGGCACCUCCAGCUUCCUCCGCGAGCACAGCCACGGCAAGGAUAUGGCCUCCAUUGAGAAGACUGCCAUUGAAGUGAUCGAAUACAUCAAGUCCGAGGGCCGCGAGGUUCGCUUCUCCAGCGAGGACUCUUUCCGUUCUGACCUCGUCGACCUCCUCUCCCUCUACCGCGCCGUCGACAAGGUCGGUGUCCACCGUGUCGGUAUCGCCGAUACCGUCGGUUGCGCUUCCCCCAGGCAGGUCUACGACCUUGUACGCACCCUCAGAGGCGUCGUGUCCUGCGACAUCGAGACCCACUUCCACGACGAUACCGGCUGCAGUAUCGCCAACGCCUACUGUGCUCUCGAGGCCGGUGCUACCCACAUUGAUACCAGUGUUCUCGGCAUUGGUGAGCGCAAUGGUAUCACCCCUCUUGGUGGCCUGAUGGCUCGCAUGGUCGUCACCAGCCCUGAGUAUGUCAAGAGCAAGUACAAGCUCCACAAGCUCAAGGAGCUCGAGGAUCUCGUCGCCGAGGCCGUCCAGAUCAACACUCCCUUCAACAACCCCAUCACCGGUUUCUGCGCCUUUACCCACAAGGCCGGUAUCCACGCCAAGGCCAUUCUCAACAACCCCAGCACCUACGAGAUUCUCAACCCUGCUGAUUUCGGUCUGACCCGCUACGUCCACUUUGCCUCUCGUCUCACUGGCUGGAACGCCGUCAAGACGAGAGUUGGCCAGCUCGGUCUGGAGAUGACCGAUGAUCAGGUCAAGGAGGUGACGGCCAAGAUCAAGGCGUUGGCUGAUGUCAGGCCAAUCGCCAUCGACGAUGCCGACUCCAUCAUCCGCAGCUUCCACCUCAACCUUCACGAGGGGCCAAUUGAGACUCAGUCCAACGGCAAGGCGAUUCACGUUGAAGUAAGAGGUGACGAGACUACCGAGCUUGCGACUGGUGCGUAAAGCUUAGUGGUUGGGUGUCAUUGAGCGCUGUCUGAGGGGCGUUAUCAUUUAUUUGUUUUUGGCCAUCAUUUGCGGAGUUGUGUGUAUCAGGGAAAAAGGGCGAUGCAUUUGGUUUACAAAAUUUCGUGGUUGUAUUUUGCGGUAAUCUUGGAACCCAAAAGUUCUGAAUGGUAUAUGAGAUACGGCGGAAAGGAGCAAGAAAGCCCCUAUGCCACACUUUACAAGGACUUUUACGUUAUUCAGUGCAAUAGCGUUCAUGUGAUCGCAUCGGCAACACACCCCAUUACUA